UUAGUUGGCGCGUAGCUUUACCACAAAAUUCCUGGAAUUGCCGUACGCUUCGCAGUUGUUUCAAGUUGUCUAAGGGACAUACGAUUUUUUUUGCCUCUGCGUCACGAUUUUAACCCAAAAGCGAGUUUAGUUACAUGUACAUUAUUAUUAGAUAAAGAAGUAUCGCGAAUACUUCAGUUGAAUAAACUGUGCUUGGUUUUUGGGUGAGGAUUUGUGGAAAGUAGAGUGCGCGAUAACCGUAACUUUCGACCCGGAUUUUCGCCAUGUUCCGCAGCAACUUGGAGGGCAGUGGCGCAGCAGCAGUAGGUGUUGCAAAUCCCCCCUCGUUGGCUCAGUCUGGAAAGAUUUUCCAAUUGCAGGAUAACUUUUCUGCUUUUCACGCCAGAGGAGGGCUCAACAUUCUGGGCCUGCAGGACAUGUAUUUGGAUACCAGUGGGGCCAACUCGUCGGCCACUUUGAGUCCGCCCAUUACGCCGGUGACCCCUGACCCGUCGACGUCUGCGCAGUCGACGCACUUCCCUUUUCUGGCCGACAGCGCAGCCACCGCCAAUUCGCUCCUUAUGCAGCGACAGUACCACUACCACUUGCUGCUCCAGCAGCAGCAGCAACUGGCCAUGGCGCAGCACCAAUUGGCGCUGGCUGCAUCAGCGGCAGCGGCUAGUGCGAGUCACCAGCAAACGGACGAGAUUGCGCGAUCCUUGAAAAUCUUUGCGCAGGUGACGACGGGCGCAGCAGAAAAUGCGGCUGGCUCGAUGCAGGAUGUGAUGCAGGAGUUCGCGACCAAUGGCUAUGCCAGCGAUGAUCUCGGUCGCAUGUCCUACGGGAGUGCUCCGCCACAGGUGCAAAUGCCACCGCAGCAGCAGCAUCAGCAACAGCAGGGGCUGCACCUGCCACUGGGCCGCAAUCCUGCCCAGCUGCAGACCAAUGGCGGCAACUUAAUGCCCAUUCCACUCGCCACCCACUGGCUGAACAACUACCGGGAGCAUCUGAACAACGUGUGGCGAAACAUGUCGUAUAUACCAGCCGCUCCCAAUACAAUGGGUUUGCAGGCCCAAACAGCGGCCACUGUGUCCACCAAUCUCGGCGUGGGAAUGGGUCUGGGAUUGCCCGUGCAGGGCGAACAGCUGCGCGGAGCUUCCAAUUCCAGUAACAAUAAUAACAACAACAACAAGGUGUACAAGCGUUACAACAGCAAGGCCAAAGAGAUCAGCCGCCACUGCGUCUUUUGUGAGAAUAACAACGAACCAGAGGCGGUUAUCAAUAGCCACUCAGUGCGAGAUAACUUUAACCGAGUGCUGUGCCCCAAACUACGCACCUACGUGUGCCCCAUCUGCGGGGCAUCUGGGGACUCGGCGCACACGAUUAAGUACUGCCCCAAGAAGCCGAUCAUCACCAUGGAGGAUGCGAUCAAGGCGGAAUCGUUCCGCCUAGCCAAGAGCAGUUACUACAAGCAACAGAUGAAGGUUUAGAGAGGGCGAAUCCAGCUCUGGAGCAGAGGCUCUGGCAGCUUUUGCAGCGUUUAUAUAACAUGAAAUAUAUAUACGCAUUCCGAUCAAAGCUGGGUUAACCAGAUAGAUAGAUAGUAACGUUUAAAUAGCGCCUGGCGCGUUCGAUUUUAAAGAGAUUUAGAGCGUUAUCCCGUGCCUAUAGAUCUUAUAGUAUAGACAACGAACGAUCACUCAAAUCCAAGUCAAUAAUUCAAGAAUUUAUGUCUGUUUCUGUGAAAGGGAAACUAAUUUUGUUAAAGAAGACUUACAAUAUCGUAAUACUUGUUCAAUCGUCGUGGCCGAUAGAAAUAUCUUACAAUCCGAAAGUUGAUGAAUGGAAUUGGUCUGCAACUGGUCGCCUUCAUUUCGUAAAAUGUUCGCUUGCGGCCGAAAAAUUUCGAUAUAUCUACAAUUGAUCUACAAUCUUUACUAAAUUUUGAAAAAGGAACACUUUGAAUUUCGAACUGUCAAUCGUAUCAUUAGAAUUUAAUCUAAAUUUAAAUCUUGCUAAAGGAAAUAGCAAGGAACACUUUCGUCGUCGGCUACGCAUUCAUUGUAAAAUUUUAAAUUUUGACAUUCCGCACUUUUUGAUAGAUAAGCGAAGAGUAUUUUUAUUACAUGUAUCGCAAGUAUUCAUUUCAACACACAUAUCUAUAUAUAUAUAUAUAUAUAUAUAUAUAUAUAUAUAUAUAUAUGUUAUAUAUUUAUUCAAUUUUGUUUACCAUUGAUCAAUUUUUCACACAUGAAACAACCGCCAGCAUUAUAUAAUUUUUUUAUUUUUUUAAAAAAUGUGUACACAUAUUCUGAAAAUGAAAAAUUCAAUGGCUCGAGUGCCAAAUAAAGAAAUGGUUACAAUUUAAGG